AUGGACGGUACCUUCGACGUCAUUCUCGUCCCUCUUGGGGAAGCGGCGGUGCCUGUUGUAUAUGCACUUAUGGAGAAGAAGACGCAGGCAUGUUACGAGGAGCUACUCCGAGCUGUGACGUCGAAGUGCGCCUCCCUUGGUGUCACUCCGGAUCCCGAAAUCGUCGUUACAGAUUUCGAAAAGGCGUCAAUGAAUGCGGUGAAAGAAGUCAUCGGAAGCGAGGUGAAAACUCAAGGAUGCUUCUUUCACAUGACGCAGUCUACGUGGAGAAAGGUACUGGGACUGUCAGGGAGGUAUAGAGAAGACGAAGGAUUCCGUGUGUUUGUGGGAAUGCUCGAUGGGCUCGCGUUUCUCCCAGUUGAGGAAGUGGGGGAUGGACUUUGUUUCCUGAAGACAGUCCAGCCUGUAGACGCCGACGAGCUGGUGCGCUACUUCGAGACGUAUUACGUCUCAGGAUCUUUUCGCAGCGUGUCUCGCAGGAAUGGCAAUGUGGUGCUGAGGAGGGUAGCCCCACAGUUUCCACCCCAUGUCGGAAACGGACAUCGGACGAAUAACUAUUCCGAAGCUUGGAAUCGUAGCUUCCGUAGCCUUGUGGGUCACAGCCACCCAUCGGUUCACAGGCUUAUUGCUGCUCUGCGCACGGACUCAGCUGCUGUGUCAACGGCAUUUCAUCAAGAGGCGGUGGGGAUACGUCAUAAGAAGCGUGUAAAACUGACGACCGUGAAUCUUCAAAGAAGGCUUCGAAACCUUUGUAUGCAGUACGUGGGGCAGGAGAAAACCCUCGAGCAGUUUCUUCGCGGGAUCGGAAGAACCAUCCGGUUUUAA